CCUUAUGGGAGCUGAGUCGGUUAUCAUCUAGGACCUACGGGCUGAUGGCGCAAUUCACUAGCGCAUGCCUCCAAAAGGAUCUUCCGAACAACGGCAUCUUCGAGCGUGAACUGGUCGUAGAGGACCUUCGCUUGCCUGCCUCCAGGGCCGCUUUCGUCAAGAAGCCACCAGCGGUCAUUCUGGAGACUGGCGGAGGAGAUGGAGAGCCUCGGAACGAACCACCGCCUCUAGACGUCUUGCGCCUCAGCGAAUCCUCGUGCUUGCUAGAUGUUCCACCUGAAGAGUCCUGUUCCGCAUUCCUGUAUCAGGUGUUCCCUACGUUCAUGCUUGCUGGGGCCGGCAUGGUUGCAGCGGGACUGCUGCUUGACAUUGUGCAGUCCUGGCAAGUCUUCAUCGAUGUUUCCCAACUCUUCGUUCUGGUGCCUGCACUGCUGGGUCUCAAAGGAAACCUGGAGAUGACGCUGGCCUCGAGGCUAUCAACACAGGCCCACCUAGGAAAAAUGGAUUCUCUGAUGGAAGUCCUCAACAUCACCUGCGGUAACAUGGCCUUGCUUCAGGUAACACACCCACAAAAACUAUACGGCCACAGCACAAAUGAGUGGGGUAUCGCAACCAGCCGCCAUCUACAAGUGUUGGGCGACAACGGUUCUGGCACUUGUUUAAACGCAGAGAAGGGAAAUUAUUGA